UAAGCGUUUAAAAAGGAGGAGGGAUCGCUUGUCAGGAAUGUCUCAGAGCUGUGAAAAGAGCGUGUAGAGCUGCGAGUGGAUGUAGUGGGUCAGUCUGCACACCGAAUGAGAAACUGAGAGCUGAUGCGUUACGCCAAGGAAAGGCCGCAGCAGGAAGGUCUUUGAUUUCCUAGUUGUUCUGCAAAGGAGGCACAUGCUGAAGUGGAUAUUUCCCAAAAAGCUGCAUCAUUGAGGACUCCACCAACACUUCAGUAUGGAACAGUCAGCCAGCAGUUGCAUGCGGAGCCCUCAUACAGGUGGCGCUUUAUGGGGAUGCGUCAGGAGUCCUCAUUCGGGUGGCUCCGGAGCCGGGAUUCAGCCUUACCAGCAGGCCCCGUUCACCCUACACCAGAAGCAUGACUUCCUGGCCUACACGGACUUCUCCAGCUCCUGCCUGGUGCCAGCGCCACAUGCGUACCCUCGAGAGGACAGACUCUAUCCAGAGACGCACGGCGGGUACCAGAGGACAGAGUGGCAGUUCUCUCCAUGCGAGCCCAGAGGCAGAGGGCAAGAGCCGUGCCAGGGGGCGGCAGAGGCAGUGGGAGCUGAAAUGGACAGUGCAGGGGGAGACAGGCUGGCUGGAGCAGUCACUGGGUGUCUAGAAGGAGACUACUCACCUCAAAGUGUGCCAGCAGUCGACACUGAGAAAAAAAGCUCCAAGCGGAAAAGAGAAGUCACAGAUAUUCAGGACUCAAGCUUCAAGGCAGACUCGAACUGCAAGGCUAGAAAGGAACGAACAGCUUUUACCAAAGAGCAACUCCGAGAGCUGGAAGCAGAGUUCACCCACCACAACUACUUGACACGUCUUCGUCGCUAUGAGAUCGCUGUCAACCUUGACCUCACUGAGAGACAGGUGAAAGUGUGGUUUCAAAACAGACGGAUGAAGUGGAAGAGAGUGAAAGGAGGACAGCCCGCAUCUCCUCACGACCUUGAAGCAGAUGAGCUGGACUCGGCCGCUUCACCCAGCUCUGAGUGAAAAUCCAAUCGAGACAUUUGCUCAUAUUUACAGUCACCCCGGCCAAACACAGAGUCCAAUUUUUCACAAGUCCUUCCACGUAUCCCGUUUCACUGCUUCAUGGACAAAAGCGUCCGUGCUUCCUGUUGCUCUCUUCGCUCAGAUGACUAAUUAUCAACAGAGUUUCAACAGCUUGGAAGCACCAUCCACUUUCAGUCCACAUGUUUCACUUUCAUUCAUAAACAGAUCAAGUGAAAUCAGAGGCCUAUAAAAACCCAAUUACUCACGUGUAAAAACAAUUUAUAUUAACUGUUCAAGCCCUGGUUUAAUAGCUUUGACCUCCAGCCAUGACGGCAUGAUGUAGGUCUUUUACACUGUGGUGGUGGUGGUGGUGCCUGAAGCCUGAUCAGAACCACCUGUGAAGCUCUACAAACAGACGGACGGUUUCAGGAUCACACCAAACCAUCAGAGCAUCGAUAUUGUGUCUUUAUUUUUUAGCCUAAAUUGUGUUUUCAGGUUAGAAAAAAAAACAUUUUCUUGAAUUUUUUUUGUUCUUCUCUUUUUUAUAUGAAAUUAAUAAAGCACAGAUGUUGCAUAAACUGAGAAAAAAAUAAAUAUUUUUAAAACUGAUUUAA